CUGCAGCCGAGGGGCUGGGAUUCGGGAGAGGCGGAAUAAACGCGCCUUUCACGCCCGGCAUCCCCGGCAGUCCCGGGGCUGCCACGCUCGCAGCCUUGGUCGCUUCUUGCCCCGCUUGCAGGAGGUGAGAUAGGCUGAAAUAAAGAGACAUUUGUUCUGUGGCAGGAGGAAAGGUCAUUUCUUCUGGCCAGGCAUUUGAGAAGGAGACAGGAAGCAUAUUAUUUUAAAGGUGGGUCGCCGCGCCAUGCCACCACCGAGCCCCCGCGGGGCCCUGCCCGGGGCCGCCUUCCUCCUCCUCCUCCUCCUCCUCCUCCCGCUGCUCUGCGCGGCCCCCGACGUGUCAAGGGGAAAUAAGCUUAAACUGAUGCUUCGGAAACGCGAAGCCCCUGUUGCCACGAAGCCCGAGGUGUCGGUGAAAGAAGCGGCGGCCAAGGAGUUCCUGAGCAGCUUGAGACGCCAGAGGCGCCAGCUGUGGGACAGGAGCCAGCCUGACGUGCAGCAGUGGUACCAGCAGUUCCUCUACCUGGGCUUCGAUGAGGCGAAAUUCGAAGAUGACAUCUCCUACUGGACAAAUUUAGGGCGCUCUCGCAACGAAUACUACGGCGGGUACUACCACCACCACUAUGAUGAAGAUUCACCAAUUGGCCCACGAAAUCCACACACCUUCAGGCACGGAGCCGGUGUCAACUAUGACGAUUACUAAUGGCAUUUAUCCUGCUACAGCUGGUGCCAGCAGGGCGGCACCGGGCGAGGCCGAGUCCUCCCUCAGUCCGAACGACCCCGCUUGCCUUCUGUUAACAGAAACCAGCAAGAGUAAAGGAACUGCCAGACUCCGAAGAAAGCAACGUGACUUUUUUUAAUUAUCGUUACUUAGUAGUACACUCUAUAUAAAGUGUUAUAGAAAGAAAGCUUUUUUGAUAAAAUAAACAGGUUGCCAUUAUUUAGUAGAGUUUGUAACAGCAAGCUUCAUUCCAGCUAUAUUACCACAGAUUCCUUUUUAAAGGGCUUAUUCGUUUGCUUUCCUACAAUCAAUUGCAAAAUUGUAUCAUCUAGCCUGGAAUAUAGAAUACAUAAUAUAAACCAAUACAUUUCAGAUGUGCCUGCUCGUUCAGAUUUAUGUCAACAAAUCAAUCCAAUUCUUCUUGGGGGAAAAGGAAAAAAAAAAAAACCAUUCCUCUCAACUGAAGUGCUGCCUUGUUGCCUCCUCUGCUGUCUCCAUGCUUACCUAGGGAGCCCCCCAAACCUGUGUGGCCUGGCACUUCUGCAGUUCCUGCUGGGGCAAGGACGCAGGUGCUCGCAAGAGCUGAAUUCAGUGCAAAGCCUGGGAAAGGAAAGGGAUUCUCCCGGGCAAGGGCUCGGUGCAGGUACCUGACUUCAGGAGUAAUUGCUGAGAUGCAGAGAAUCUAACCUGAGUGGCCCCAGCCCCUCCCAGGCACGGCAACUCCAAGGUUAUCUUUAAUGAAUUCUCCCCUUUGUGUCCUUUCCACUUAGCUGCAAGCUUUCAGUCUGGCACGAAGCAGGGAAUAAAAUAACAAAGCAAGCUAUUUAAAGUGAAGUUAGCAUCAGAUAGCACCCCACAGAGUCCCCAGACUUAACUUCCCACCGUGAAGUUCUCUCUACCCCCAAUUCAAACCGGAGUCUAUACCAAAAUAUAUGAGAGACUGGGAAUUUGUUAAUGAAGUACAGAGGAUGAAAGGGGGGGGGGGUUGUGCAACCCCGAAGUACAACAAGCUUUUCUACCACAGCAACGUCAGCCAUGCUGCUGCUUCUCCCUCCUUACUUUAGAGAAAGUCCUCAUGCAGGCCUGAGUCUAGGGGGGAGAUUCCAGGGGUCAGAGGCUUCAGGAGGAGCUCGGUGGGGGAAAGCACUGCUGGAGCUUGAGAUGCACAGAGGACUGGGAAGGGGCAGGUGAGGAAGGCUGGCUGCUCCGUGACUUCUGGAGGUGAAGAAUCAGGAUAAAGAGAGGUGAAACGUGUGCUGCAAACGAGAAGACAGUGUGGAUGCUUUAAGCUGUCAUCUAAAGCUUACAAGAAAUUUCCGAAGUAUGGAUCAUGGCAACGCUGCACUUUACACUUCACUCACUCCUUUUUUAACUCCGAGUGUAUUCCCUAAUCUUUCAUCUCAAGCCCCUGUUGCACGAUGGACUGGUGUCCAGGAGAGGCAGCCCAGCACUCUCCUGCUCCACGCAGGAAUGCUUCCAGGGAGACGGCUUCUCGCCGAAGGAACCGGAUGGAACAAACACGUUAGUCACUUCUCCUCUGCACGCUAACCUAUCGUGCUCCAAAAACUCAGCUUUCCCCCAGGUUUUGGAGCACUUGGUCUUAGCAGAAUCCUUGCCAGUUUAAUCACUUCAAACUGGUGUAUUUCCUUGGUAGAAGACCCUUUAUUCCAAAAAUGGAAUAAUCAUAUUCCGAGCCAAGCACACACUGUUUUGCAAGUUGGAAAACACCUAUUCCUAGAAGAAUACGUCCAUUUUGUAUCCUAUCAAAAAAGCGCACCGAGUUUGGCAACAUUUGAACCAUGCUGGCAAUUUCCAUCAUUUCCCAGAAUUUACAUCAACUGGGAAUUCAGACCUGCUGAAUAAGGAAGAACAGAAAAAAAAAAGUGUAAAUAAAUACUAUCCCUCCCUAGGCCAUGGUAAACUGUGUCCAUUCCCACAGGCUGACUCAGACCAGCAGCUUUCUGCGCCUCGCAGGCUCACAAUAAAGGCUAUGAGCUCUCUCUUCUGGAUUGCCUUAAGAAAAAAAAAAAAAAAAAAGAAGAAGGAAAUAUUUCUCAUUACUUUGGCUGCAUGCUGAAGUUUCCCACCACGUACUGGGUCUGGCUGGGAUAGAGUUAACUUUCUUCAUAACAACACAGAUGGUGCAGUGAUUUAGAUUUGUGACUAAACCAGUGUCAAUAACAUUCUAGCUUUUGCUGAGCAGUGCCUGCACAGCAUCAAGGCCUUCUCUGUUUCCCAAGCUGCCCCUCAGCAGGUAGGCUGGGGGUGGGGGAGAGACUGGGAGGGGACAAAGGUGGAACAGUUGACCCAAACUACCCAAUUCCACACCAUGUAACGUCCUGUUUGGCAGUAAAAGCUGGGAAGAGGAACAAGGGGGUGGGGAGUUUUGUCUCCCAAGGUAGCCGUUGCUCAGAGUGGCUGGGUAUCAGCCUCCUGGCCAGUGGCCCUUGCAUCACUUUUUUCUUUUUCCUUCACUUAUUAAACUGCUCUUACCUCAA